UGCUUUCACCGAUCGUAUUCAUCACCAGAGCCGGACCGAGGCUCAUUUAGAGCGGGAGCACGGCUUAACUAAACAUCUUCUCCAUAAAAUAAAUGCUUCCAGGUUACUCCCAGUCCAGGUUCCAGUCAGAGGAGCAUCUGAUCUCAAUUACCAGGAAUGCUAUAGGAAGCAGUGAGCCUAGGCCUGCAGCCUGCGCCAACAGCACCAUGGCAACCAGCAGCACGUCGACGAGCCCUGCACAGAUAGGAGUUCUUUUCAGGCACUUGUUAGGCGGGAAAUGAUGAUUUGAUAAUUAGUUCCUGAUGCCUCUCAUUCUUUUUCAUGUCAAUCAUGUCUAGGAAACAGAAUGUAAGUUUGCUGUUUGAAGCUGCGGAGUUUGAUUGGUUGGCUGCUUGGUAUACUGAACGUCCACCGAAGAGGGAUAUGGAUGUGUGGAUGCCCACAGUCCAAACAAACUUCAAGACUAAACACCAAAAGACGUUUUUGGUGCUUAGUUCAAAAUGUGUUCAGAGUGAACUGUCACAAUUGAGGACUGUUAGUGUGCUCAUGCAGAGUUGUCUUUGCAGUUGAAACAUUCCUGCAGUUCCUAGAAAACUAGAAAACAUUUAAGAAGUGGGAGGGGUAAAUUGAGUAGGCUGCAUUCAUCUGCUACUCAUUUACUCCUACUUGUAAGAUCUUACUUUACUUUUCAAAAAAAGAGCAGGAGAAACAGAGCAAGCACUUAUAUUAAAAAUAUAAGUGCUUGAAAGCUAAAAUGUUUGACAUAUUUAGGUGAAACAGGUAAACAAACAGAAAAGAGGGGUCAAGGCAGAAUUGAUGGUCUUUCUUUCCAUAUACAGUACUCAGUAAACAGGAUAAUGUGUUUAUUCAGUGCUAAAUUAACAACAUGCAACUAGAGAAACAGGUGUAAAAGACAGUGUCAUACAGAGAAAGAUAUAGAAAUAUUAUAUAUAUAUAUAAUAAUAUUUCUGGUUUACUUAGUUUUACAGUGACAGUGAGUGGUAGCCUAAAGGAUAGUUUCCAGCUGUUGUCCCUUGGCCAGAUGGGAACAUAAGCAUUAAAAAAACCCAACAUGCUAAGUAAACAAAGCAGGCCAAAUACAUGAUGCAGCUGAAAAGAGGAUACAAGGCUAAAAGGAGUAGGGCAAGAGACAUGCAGAGUAGGACAUGCACAAAUAAAGCAAUUCAUACAAAACAACAACAUUUUAAACAGACAGUCAGCAGUUAAUACAUGACAAUAUAUAAUCACAUGACAUUACAGGGGACACAGUAAAACAUGUUGGUCACAGGUACUUCUGAGUAUUAGCUAAAAAGUAGUCCUCUGGAGAAAAAAUGGAUCACACAGUACUCCAGGGGUCGGCAAAUAAGUCUGGCCAUAGUUUUUUCAAGUCGUUUUUCAAGUCGUUACAUGGCGGCCAGAGUCAAAUUAUUUCAAAUCCACCUAGACUAUGUGUAGGCCUACCUUUAGGAGCGGGAUUCCCGCUGGGAAGAUUAUAUGAUCAAUCCUAACAUAUGGCAGAUAUAUUUUUCAGCGAAAUUAUUCCAGAGAAAUAAACAGGAUCUUCAGAGAGAGCUGAGGCAGGUGAGGUCUGCAAAGUUUGUAAGAGUUAACCCGAACAUGUUUUGGUAAAGAUUAAACUUAUCUCCAUGUGGACACUGUAGACAAGCUUGUCCUAAAAUUGCUACAGUAUGCAGGAUAUUAUGCAGGAGACUUCAACAGGCAAAAAUCUCCCACAGGUUUGGCUGAGAUUAAUGUCUCUGCGGGAAGGUAUCAAAGAUCAGAGAGACAGCCACUUUGUUUCAGUACUGUAGUGUCUUUUCCCCCAAUAAUCCCAAAAAACUCAGACAUACUAGAAACAACUAGGUACAUUUACUCAAGUACUGUACUUUGUACUACUACAAUUUUGAGGUACUUGUACUUUACCAUUUUAUGCUACUUUAUACCUCUACUCCAUUGCAGUUCAGAGGGACAUAUUGUACUUUUUACUCCACUACAUUUGUCUGACAAGUUUGGUUACUAGUUACUUUGCAGAUUCAGAUUAUUAAUAUAAAACAUAAUAAAAAAAUUUUGAUCACGUGAAAUUUUCAAGCUACCAGGCAGUGUAUUAAGUAGUUAAAAUGAUCCCCACCUUCACCAGCUGCAACAUAAAAGUGAUUUACAUAAUAUUACAUCAGCAUGAGAUUUAGGGGUACUGGGAUAUUUAGUAUGGACAUGUGUAAGUGAUGAUGUAAAGCUCGAUUGUUUUUAAUGAAUUCAAUUUGAAAUUGAAUGUUACUAAUUUGCCAGUAGGUGGAGAUAGAGCACCCAGAAAUCUUCCUGAAGCAUCACCCUGUUCUGUUUCCUGUCACUCACUAAUGAUUUAAAUGACAGAUAAAUAGUGUUCAGCGUUUGAAAACAGAAGUUUUUACUUAAAAAAGCACAUUUAAACAGUAUCCUGAGAACACUUUGUUGUUUAAAAAUGAUCAAAUCAAAAUGAUUUGGUGCCAAUUGCAGUUUCCAUCAUAUCUGCUGCAGAACAAAUGGAGGAAGUAGAGGAAACUGUGGUACCACGCCUUUGGUUGAUUUUAAGAAGCCAGUCAGACCAUAUCAGUAGGCCUCAGAGUUGUUAUGGAGAGAGUAGCCAACCCCUGUCUCUCAAAUUCAUUUCUAGACACAAAAUAACCCAGUGAACCAAAAUUAAUUUUUAUUUCUUGUUCUGAAUCAUGAAAGACUUCAACAUCUUCUCCAUCUGGGUGUUUAUCAACCUGUUGCUGCUGGAGAGCUCAUCAUGUGCUGGUGACUCAAGUGCUGUGAAUCCCUGUUGUUACUACCCAUGUCAGAACUCAGGAGUGUGUGUAAGAUUUGGUACAGACCGCUACCAAUGUGACUGCACUCGCACUGGCUUCUAUGGAGACAACUGCACUGUUCCGGAGUUCUGGACCAGAGUUCGUCUUAUGCUGAAGCCCAGUCCUAGGGUGGUUCACUUCAUCCUCACCCACUUCCAGUGGUUUUGGGACCUUGUCAACAGCUGUUUCCUGCAAGACACAAUCAUGAGAUUAGUGCUGACAGUCAGAAGUGAACUUAUUCCAAGCCCUCCAACCUACAAUACCAAAUAUGGAUACCUCAGCUGGGAGUCCUACUACAACACCUCCUACUACACCCGGCUCCUCCCUCCAGUACCUGAAGACUGCCCUUUGCCUAUGGGAACUAAAGGUAAAUCUGUUCUUCCGGAUACCAAAGUGUUGGCUGAGAGGUUUUUUAAGAGAAAUAAAUUUAGGCCUGACCCUCAGGGAACCAAUGUGAUGUUUGCCUUCAUGGCCCAGCACUUCACUCAUCAAUUCUUCAGGACAAACCAUGAAGUUGAAGGUGGCUUCACCAAGGCUUUAGGACAUGGGGUAGAUGCAAGCAAUAUCUACGGAGAUGACCUCACGCGUCAGCUUCAACUCCGUCUUCAUAAAGAUGGAAAGCUGAAAUAUCAGUUAGUAAAUGGUGAGAUGUACCCUCCUACAGUAUCUGAAGUCCCCGUGCACAUGGUGUAUCCUGAAGGUUUCCCUCCAGAAAACCGUCUGGCCAUUGGUCAGGAGGUGUUUGGCAUCCUGCCGGGUCUUACUAUGUACGCAACCAUUUGGCUCAGGGAGCAUAACAGAGUCUGUGACAUCCUGAAGGCAGAACAUCCCACCUGGGAUGAUGAGCAGCUCUUCCAGACUGCCAGACUCAUCAUUAUUGGGGAGAUCAUCAACAUUAUAAUCGAAGAGUACGUCCAGCAAUUGAGUGGUUACCUGCUGAAGCUGAAGUUCGAUCCCUCCCUCCUCUUCAAUGAGCGCUUCCAGUACAGCAACCGCAUCGCUCUGGAGUUCUGCCACCUCUACCACUGGCAUCCGCUGAUGCCUGACAGCUUUCUCAUUGAUGGAGAUGAAAUCCCAUACUCCCAGUUUAUUUACAACACUUCCCUCCUCAUGCAUUACGGGGUGGAGAAACUGGUGGAUUCCUUCUCUCGACAGCCUGCAGGGCAGAUAGGUGGAGGUCGCAACUCUCAUGAAGUAGUGCUCAAAGUGGCAGAAAUGGUCAUCAGAGAGUCUAGAGCAGCGCGUGUGCAGCCCUUUAAUGAAUACAGAAAGAGGUUUAACCUCAAGCCAUACACCUCUUUUUAUGAAUUUACUGAUGACAUAGAAAUAGCCAGAGGUUUAGAGGAACUCUAUGGUGACAUAGAUGCUUUGGAGCUCUACCCCGGCGUCAUGCUGGAGAAAGCACGUCCUAACGCCAUAUUUGGUGAGAGUAUGGUGGAGAUGGGUGCUCCCUUCUCCCUGAAAGGCCUGCUGGGAAACCCCAUCUGCUCCCCUGAGUACUGGAAACCCAGCACCUUUGGGGGUGAGACAGGCUUUAAUAUCAUCAAAACUUCUACUUUGAAGAAACUGGUGUGCCUUAAUACCAAGUGGUGUCCAUACGUGGACUUCCAUGUUCCAAGAAAGGAAGAGGAAGCAAAACCACGAAAGGAGGAGGAAGCAAAACCAUCUAUUGAACUUUAAUGAAUAUUCAAUAGAUGCUAUGUGAUUUCAUUACUCAUAAUCAGUGUAUUACUAUUGCGUCAUAAACUCAAUCAGAUUGGAUUUAUUGCCCUUGAAAGUGAUUUCGAUAUGCAUUUGUUAAUUGAAUGGAUUUAAUCCAGCCUGCCGUAAAUGACAUUUGACUGUUCAUUUAAGCCUGUUUACCUUCUGAAAAUACCUCUAACAAAUCACAUAGUUUCUGAAGAUCUGGCUAAAUCAAUUUAUUCAUUACCAUUUAGACCAAGAGAAUUCAUCUGGAUGUUGUAAAAAAAAAAAUAUUAAAUUUGCUAAUGGCAUAACUCAG